AUGGCGGAUACAAAAAGUGAAAUGAUAAUGACAGUUGCAAACAAAAAUGCUUUAAAUUUAUUUUGUUAUAGAAUUUCAAAGAAAAGUACAGCAUUGUUUUGGUUACAAUACAUAAAAAUUGCCAUCUGUGAUGAUUACAGUCUGCCUGUUGAUUUCGUAAAAAAACGGCCGUCCAGCUUUGAUCCAUGCUUAGCAGAAGCUAUACCAACAAAUCCAGAAAAUUGGGCAGGUGCAAGUCCACAAGCUGAAUUCAUUGCUUUUGCUGAAGCCCAACAACAGCAAAACCAAUAUCAACAUCAUCAACAACAACAACAGCAACAACAACAGCAGCAGCAACAACAAUUGCCACAACACCAACAAGGUCCACUACCACCACCACCUCCAGCAGCAGCAACAGCUCCCUUAUCUACAUUACCAACUGCGAAUGCAACUUUAAAUAUUGUGUCAGUUGCUAACAUAUUACCACCAAACAAUACACUUCCAAUCCAACAACAACACCACACUUUACAGCAACCACAAUUUCAUCAGCAACAAAAGCAUGCAACAACAUUGCAACAACAUCAUUUACAACAUCAAAAUAAGCACCAUAAGCAACAACAGCAACAGCAACAGCAACAUUCAACAACACAAUUAAAAUCGCAAAAUCAACGAAAUCAACAUCGUCUACCACAUCCGCCCUUACCGAAUACUAUUAAGCAAGCAUCGGUAAAAAUUAUCGAAGGCUAUUCGGAUCCGAAAGAUACGAAACGUCAUAAAAAAGUCCAUCAUAAAAAAGGUAAAAGACGCGCUUCACAUAAAAAUCAGCUUUUACAGCUACAACAGCUGCAGCAACAACAGCAGCAACAGCAACAGCAACAACAACAACAGCAGGAACCGCCAACACCAACACCACAGCAACAAUUGCAAUUGCCAGUAAAACCCAAGGGUUUCCAAAAAGAUAAGCGGAGCAAUUAUAGUUCAGAUUCAUCUGCACCAAAAUCAUCAGAUGAUGAAGACGAUAACCAUUCCAUAAAAGUUCCUGAACUUAAUUCACCUGAUAGUAUAUCGGAUGAUCUAGUACGCCCAUUGCCACCACAAUCGCACCGCAGUCCACGCAAACUAGCUGUUGCACCUACUGAAACUAGUAAACGUAAUCCGUCGCCAUAUUAUUAUUCCGAUUUAUUGAAGUCGAAAGAAACUGCGUCUAGUGUCACUGACAAAGAAACUAAAAACAAAAGUCGGCAAUCUACUGUUUCUGAACCACCGCAAUUAACACAACCGCCUGUUAAUAUUGGUAUUUAUCGUAAGAGUACCAGUCUCGACGUACCCGAACGCGAAGAACGUGCCGAAGAAGACGACGAAUUCGAAGAAACCGAACCAACAAACAGUACCAUAUUAGCUGCUAACGACACUCCAAAACGUUAUUCCUUCACUGAAGACGGUGUUCAUAUUAUACGCUGCGAGUCUCCCUCAACAUCUACAUCAGAAGAAUCGGACUGCAGUGAGUGUCAGAAGCGUCGUGAGUGGCAUGCUAAAGCCUUAGCAUUAGUACGUAAAACUUGUAACGUACAACCAUUAAAUACCGCCGUUAACACUAGUGGUGCUCCCAUUGAUUGUAAUCACGAUAACGAAAACUCUAAUUGUGUGCCAUUUGAGGAAGAUUUAUUGUCCAUGCCGCCACAUAGACUGCUAGGACCUGCAGUAUGUGCAUGCGUUGCACCCACUAUUGGCGAUGAUAUAGAUGAUUAUUUUCGACCACGUAGUAUUUUUUAUGUACAUCCACAAGGCGUGCAUGAAUGUGAAGACUGCUCACCGGACAAUAAACAAUUGAGUACAGCAAACUCUCACAGUGUUCUCGAUAAUCAAUCCGAUAACUGUUUAAACGAAGACGACGACGAGAUGUCAGGUCGCACUCGUCAAAUUUAUGAAACUGCUUUUGAUUGCAAAAUAGCUAAGUCGGAUGAUGAUUUAGACGAAGUCGAUCGUAUAACUAAUCACUCAGUACUCAUACAAUUAAAUAAUGGCAAUAAUUUACCAACAAAAGAAAUGCGCACAACAAAAUCAUCGCACAGUAAAAGUCGUCUAGAAGGUAAACGUUUAAAAAACUCAAAAAACCAAGCUCUACAAGAACAAGCUACUAAUUCCGGCAACGGUAGCAGCAGUGGUUCACCACUAACCGUAACCUGUGUAACUACUAACAAUUCUUGUACAGCUGAUAAGAACAAUAUCGCCGGACUUUCUAAUGAUUUGGCCAAUGCUCAUAUACAUGAGCAAAAUGUGGAUCAACAAAACAAUACAACCACUACAUGCACAUCCUCAUCGCAACUGCCAAUGCGUGGUUAUACACCAUCGCCACCAUCAACAGCACCGCUGCCUAUAAAAUUUCCGGGAAAGCAUGAUCGAUUUUUUAUGAAUAGCAUUAAGAGUGCACCAAAUCUACCAUCUUCCAAUCCAGCCCAUCCCAGAUUACGCGAUUUACGUCUUCCAAUACAAACAACACUACGUCAACAACAUGCUCUGGGCUCUUCAAUCGGCACCAGUAAUGAGAACAGCCUUACAGAUAGCGCUUAUGUGAAUCCACCAUCAAGCACAUCACAUCAUUUACAUCUUCAAUCGACAAGCAACUCCAGAACUCGUGACAGGCCACGUUCAUUUGUGCUCGAGUCUGGACGAGUGCUGGAGUUACGUAAAAGCCACGCUUCCCACCACCACCAUGUAGGAAAUGGCGGUCGCAGGCAGCAUAAUUACUCCUCGACCGAAAGCAUUGCCACAUCGAGUAGUGGUGGCAGCAUGGAAUCGUUGCGUUCGAGCACCAGCGAAGGCAAUCGCAGUACUUCCAGCUCAGAGUCAAGGCACUCAACAUCGUUGAGUUCACAUAGCUCUGAAUCUGGCAGCUCGAGCGUCGCAUUCCCAUUACGAGCGCCAGUUGUCAUUCAUUCCAAAUUGCAUAUCCUAAGUCCGAUUUCAGACAAAUCAUCACAAGAGCCGGCAUCAGAACUAUCAGAACAGAAUAAAACACAAAACACAACGCCUGAAGAUGCAGUCCAGCAGCAACAACAACAGCAACUACAACAACAACAACAAUCACAUGUAUUAGCAGCAAAUGUGGAUAUGGCACGCACUAUACCACAAUUACAAAUUGAUGCACUCAAGAAGAGAAGAGCACCAGCAAAUAAAACAUUAUUGCACUUAACUGAUGAAAUGCUUGGUUCGGAUAGUGGCAUCUCUUUGCACUCACGUGAGGAUGGAAAAUCUGCCAUUGGUUUUCAAAAGUUCACGUUGCCAAAAUUAAAUUUUCCACCUUCCGAUAAAACCAACGACAGUGGCAUGAGCGCCGUCGGGGGAAUGAGCAAUAGUGUUGGGCUACCACAAGAUUUACGUGAUCUUCCAUUCGAUAUGCCAAAGUUAAGACGCAGAAAAACAUUACAGCAGGAUGCUUGCACUUCUGGUAGUGCAACUUCUGUGGAUUUGGGUGAUCUACCCUUUGACAUGCCGAAGUUACGACGCCGACUACGUGCCAAUCAAACGGAAAUAAAUAAUCUCAUGGUACACAGCACUGAAUCGAGUGGCAUAUCUCAAGCAUCGUCCAGCCAUUCAAUGCGUGAUGACAACAAAGCCGCCAUGAAGUUAGGUAAGUGCACAUUUUAUAUCCAUUAAAACACACUGCAGCUUACGGAAGCUCAUUUUCGGAAUAAACUGUCCGCAAAUGCAUUCAUGUCCAUCAAUUUAAACUAUAACCGUUCUGGGUUGUGAUAUAAAGCAGUAUACUAUGUGAAGGGUAAAGAAAAUUAUUUUUGUGAAAACAAGCUAAAUCAACAUAAAAUCAGUUUUUGCACGAAAAGCCAUUGC